AUGGCUGAGACAACGUCCACGGAUCAACCGACGAGGAAACCACUAUUCAGUACGAAACAGACGAGCUGUCUGACUCGCGUAUACAACCACUUGCGGGAGACUUUCUGGGUUGUCCUCAGGCAUGCGACGAAACAUACAGGCGUGGGCAUGAUCUGCGCCGUAGCGUACUUUGACCCAGGCAACUGGGGAGUCGACCUACAAUCAGGAUCCGAGUUUGGCUACAAGCUCCUGUUUGUCGUCCUCCUCGCUGGCUUGAUCGCAGUGUAUACGCAGGUUCUCGCAACAAGGUUGGGCUGCGUAACAGGCCUCGAUCUUGCCUCACACUGUCGACUCCUCUUACACUCGAGACCAAAGUAUACACUGCUAUGGCGCUGGCUCGUGCUCUACCCCCUCUAUGCGCUCGCCGAGGUCGCAAUCGUCGCAACCGACCUCGCGGAACUCCUGGGCUCCGCGAUCGCCCUCUGCCUGCUCUUCCCUAGCCUCCCGCUCUAUGCGGGCGUGCUCCUGACAGCAGCGGACGUGCUCAUCCUCCUGGCGGUCAGAAAUCCGCUCGACGGCCAGCCCGUCAGGCUGUUCGAAAUCCUGAUUGCUGCCUUAGUGUUCAUCGUGCUGGUAUGCAUGGCCGUCAUCAUCUCCAAGGCGGACGUGAACUGGGGAGAAGCGUUCUUUGGCUUCGUUCCAUCCAAGGCCAUAGUCUCCUCCGAGGGUCUAUACAACUCGAUCGGCAUCCUGGGUGCGACCGUCAUGCCCCACAGUCUCUUCCUCGGCUCCGCGUUCGCAACCCAAGAGCGCGAGCGACCCUCGCUCGAAGCCGACCUCGCGCUUUCCAAGGUCGAGACGAAAGACUCCGACGCCUCAUCCGUCUCGUCCCUCCCGUUCUCCGACCCACCACGCCCGUGGUACCGUCGCUGGACCCUGCGGGGUGCUUGCCGGUACGCGGCGCGCGCGGUGAAGGCGUGGUUCACGAUCGUGCGCGGGGAGCCGGAGGGGAUGAGGGAGGUGAAGAGCCAUGCGGAGUGGGAGAACCACUCGUUGGCGUUCGUGAAGAUGCAUCUGAACCACGGCAUCGUGGACAUGGUCAUCAGCCUGUUGGGCCUCGCGGUGGUCAUCAACGCUCUGAUCUUGAUGCUCGCGAGCGCGGUGUUCUACUACGGAUUUGGGCAGACGGGCAACACGUCGCCCGCGACGCUCUUCGACGCGUAUGACCUCCUGCGGUCCACGCUCGGUAAACCCGCUGCGACGCUCUUCGCGCUCGCCCUCCUCGCUGCGGGGCAGUCCUCGUCCAUCAUCGCAACCCUCGCGGGGCAAACCGUCUCCGAAGGGUUCCUCCACUGGAAAGUCUCCCCCGUCCUCCGCCGCCUCAUCACACGCUGCAUCGGGCUCGUGCCCUCCGUGGCCGUCGCAGCCGCGCUCGGGCGCGGCGGCGUGAGCACGCUGCUCGUCGUGAGCCAGGUCGUGCUCUCGAUCGUGCUCCCGUUCAUCGUCUUCCCGCUCCUGUACCUCACGUCGAGCGCGCGCGUCAUGAGCGUCCGCAAGCCGCCGUUGUUCCGCGUCACUCCUCGUGUUGCGCCGAACGAACUGAGCAGGGGCGAGGGCGAGGGUGCGGCGGUGCAGAGCACGGUCCAGAGUGGAGACGGGCAGGGCUCGAGCAGGUCUGUGGAGGAGGUGGACGCAACACCGCAGGACUCGGAGGGGAGGGCCGACGCUGAGGUGCUGGACGUCGAGGCGACCGAGGGCGAACUCGUUGACUUCUCGAACGGCAGGUUCAUGACGUACCUGGGGUGGGUCAUUUGGGUGCUGAUCAUCCUCGCGAACGCGUAUGCGAUCGUUACGCUGGCGAUGGGCGAGGACUAG